AUGUCUUUCAAGACGUUUCCAUUCCCCGUUGGUAGAGUCAUCGACUCAUUUCAUAGUCUAAUGAAUAUAGAUAGAAAAAUUCAUAGACUUUUUAAUUGUAUAUCUAGAGUUGAGUCAAUCAAUUAUCAAUUAAUUAAAAAUGUUAAGUUAUUAAAAAUGAAGGUCAUUAGACCACAUAAAGUGGUGGAUUAG